GCACAGUAUGGCCUUUUCCUCCUCGCUCUUUCCCUUCUUCCGCGACGUCUUGGGAGCACCACGAACCCCUCGCGACGAGGAAUGGGGCUUGCCACCGAUGCAGGACGGCAUGUACCGAGCCGGCAGCUCCACGGUGCGCGUGGAGCAGGCGGAUGGCCUCGAACGGCACUUCAUAGCGCUACCCAAAGUCGUGCAAGCUGCACGACAGCACUUUGACUGCCCUUCGCUCCUGGGCGUUGCGCUGGAGGAACAGGGUGGCGACGGUUCUGCUUUCUCACACUGGGACGCCCGGAUAAUGCACUCAGAGGUGAUGGCUGCGGAAAGCAGUGCGAUGCCCCGGAUCUCAGAGAUGACGCUGGCACUCUUGGAGGACAGCGGGUGGUAUCGGGUCCUGGGAGGUUUGGCAUCGCCAGAUGCCGACAGCGCAGCUGGACACUUCGUCUUCGGUCGAGGGAAGGGCUGCAGCUUCCUCCAGCACAACUGCAUCAUCGACAGACAAAGUGCUUUCCCUGAUACUUUCUGCACCGAGAGCCAGGGCAGCUGCACAAGCCCCAGUGCAGGAGGAGCCAUCGGCUGUUCCCACGACCACCUGUCUCUGGGAGCUUGCACCAAUUGUCUUCACAGCUCUGCUCUGCCGACCAGAUACCAGCAUUUCGACAAUCCGAGGUUGGGCGGCAUUGCUCGCUACAUCGGUUACUGCCCUACGGUGGAGCCUUUCUGGUUUUCUGGGCGGCCGACCACCUGCGCAAGCAGUGGUGUAUACAGCGACCGAACCUCGCAACGCUUCGGUGAAUCCCACGGCCCUGCAUCGCGAUGCGUGCUGUCCACGGCCACCCAGUCAGGCUUCGUGCCGCCAGAUGAGCCGCAAGGAACAUGCCGUGACGUUUUCUGUUUAGAAGAUGCACUGCGAAUCAGGAUCAGCGAGAACAACUUCGUACUCUGCGGGAAAGAAGAGACUGGUGUGAGGAAGAGAGUCUCGGGACAGUUUGCAGGCUUCAUCCAGUGUCCGGGCUAUGCUUCCAUCUGCGGGGAGAGUGGCGCACAGGGGCCUCAGGAAGGCGCUGAAUGCCAUUUUCCCGGAACGCAUCGUCAUGGCCGCUGCGUUUGUGCUCCAGGAUCAAUGGGCGAGGACUGCAGCGUCCCGGAUACCGCGGCAAAUCGACAGGACUUUCCUUUCGGCCUUCACUAUCCUCAGCAAGAGUUCGAGCUAAAGGUCGGCCUGGAGCUGUCCCGGACGGAGGGCCUACGGGCCUGGCCCAUGCGCCCGACCUUGCAGAGCCGACCCAGGUUGUUGCAGUUCAAGGUCGAUCCUGCUCUGCCGGCAGGGCUGAGCCUGAAUGGAGAGGGCGAGCUUCGAGGCACGCCGGCUGCGAGUUCGGACCGAAAGUCCUUUGUGAUCACUGCAUAUGGCUGGAGCGGCGCCAGCACCACAGUGCUCUUCAUCACCGUCCUCUGCGACAGUGGCGCGGACUGCCCCACCAGUGCACCGGAAAGUGUGACACCUGCUGGAUCUGUCACCACUUCGCUUCGAGGAUCAUCUGGCUCGGGACCUUCUGAUGACGAUGCAGCCGCCAACUCGAUGCCCAAGCUUCGCUUAACAUUAUCGUCCCUGGAUUUCCACCAGCUGCAGAAGGAUCCUGGUUUGGAAUCCUUUGCGCUGCAACUGCAGGCGGCUUUAUCAGAGACGAUGUCGCUGCAAACGGCUAAUGUGGUGGUUUCGGCGGCUGUGGACGGCACCGUGCUGGUGGACUUGGACCUAUCCACAGGCCAGGAAGGCUUGAGGAUGCUGGAGGACUCAUUGCAGGGUCAACUUGCAGAUCCAGCAUCGCCACUACUGUCUUCAACCUUCGGUCAGACCUACCUUCAGUCGGUCAAGAUCUCCAGCUUGUCCCUGGACGGCUCCAGACAGGUGUGGCCUCUGCCAAGCGACGAGGACGGCGACGACGGCUUCAUGGAAUAUCUGGAUUACCGGGAGUGGCAAGACUGGUUUUCGUCGCAAACAUUUGUCGUCCAGGUGGCGAUCCUGGGAGGCGCAUCAGUCGUGAUCGUCCUGUGCUGCUUGGCAAUCUGCAAGAAGGUCUGCUGCUGCAAGAAGUCGGAGCCCGAGCGGGCUGCACUCACAGAGUGGGGAGGCACGUUAGACACGUCUGCUAUGCCGACAGCGCCGGCCUCGUGGGCGAUGCCUUCGCCGACAUCCUUCGGUAACAGCAUGCUGACGGCGCCUCGUUUGCACUGCUCACGAAGGCAAGGUUGCAGUUUAUCCUAUGAGCCGGACUCAUGUCUCAAGUAG